AUGCUAUUGGAUGUCACUCCCUUGUCCCUUGGUACAGAGGUAGAUGGGGAAAGAAUGAGUGUUAUAAUCCCAAGUAACACUCCUAUACCAACCAAGAAAACAGGAACUUUUAUAACAGCCUUUGACAACCAGUCUUCUAUGGACGCAAUGGUGUACCAAGGUGAACGGACUAGAUCUAGUGAUAAUUUCUUGUUCGGAUCGUUUACAAUAUCAGGAAUUCCACCUGCCCCUAAAGGAGUUGCAGUAGUAGAGGAUUGUUUUGAAAUAGAUGUUAAUGGUAUCCUUACAGUUACAUCUAAGGUAGUAUCCACUGGUAAGACCAAAAGCCUUACUGUUACCAAUCUUUGUGGGAGAUUGUCAAAGCAUGAGAUAGAGAAAAUGAUGAAAGAUGCUGAGAAGUUCAAACUUGAGGACCAAGAGUUCAAGAGGAAAGCUGAAGCAUACAAUGCCUUGGAGGAUUGCAUAUAUGACUUGGAGAAUAAGAUUAAAAUAAAAGAUAUGCCCCCAAAGGACUUGAAGAGCCUAUGUAAUGCAAUUUCUGAUACAAAGGAAUGGCUUUCUACAGGUAAAGUUGCAGAUGUUGAUGAAAUUGAGCGUAAGAAAGGGAUCCUGGAGUUUAUUGCCCGGCUUGCAUUUUCUAACUAA